AUGGCCGAGUUCACCGUCCGAACCAGGAAGUUCAUUACGAACCCUUUGCUAGGUCGCAAGCAAUUUGUUGUUGACGUCCUACACCCCGGUGUUGGUAGUGUCUCUAAGAAGGAUCUUGCUGAUAGUCUAGCUAAGAUGUAUAAGGUUAAGGAUGCUCGUGUUAUCAGCUUAUUCGGUUUCAAGACCCAAUUUGGUGGUGGACGCUCUACUGGUUUUGGUCUUAUCUAUGAUACUGUUGAAAAGGCUCAAGCCUUUGAACCUAAGCAUAGACUACGUCGUCAUGGUCUUGCUCCUGAGUUCCAAGCUAAGCGUAGAUCUUAUAAGGAAUUGAAGAACAAGUGUAAGAAGGUCCGUGGUACUGCUAAGUCCAAGCUUCGUUCUAAAUAAGGAGUUGCUUACUACUACUACCUGGAACAUCAUCAAUAGGAUAUGCCCUCGUUACCGACUAUA